AUGGAGAAGGCAAAUAUAAUAUGUUUUUAUGGUCCACCUGCAACUGCCAAAUCAUAUGUAGCUCAAUAAGUAGCUAAACAAACUGGGAAUGUUUAUUUUAAUUUCGAGGAAUUCUAUUCAAAAGAAAAGGCUAAGGGGAUAUUGAUAAAUUGGAUAAGUUAAUGUAAAUAUUUUAGUAAGAACCUAUGGUUUUCUCGAUAAAAAUCAUAAGCAGUAGUAGUCUUUGAACAUUACUAAAAACACAGAUUUGUGGUUUAUUUCUAAUCCAGCAAAGAUGAGGUUGAUUAAAACAUAAGAUUAUUAAGCACUAGGAAAAAAAGAAAUCAAAAUCGCGAUGAAUUAUUAGGUUAUUUAAAGUAGUUUCAAUUCUUAAUAACUGUCGAUGCUGUCUAAAAAGGGUUGUCUAACAAUCUUUAAUAAUCUUCGGAUUUAAUAAUUGAGGCUAUCAUGAAUCGCUUGAGACCAGAGAGUUUAAUAUGUAUUGUAGUAGGACCUUCAAUGACAUGUAAAACUACAUUUGCCUAAUAUAUUUCAUAAAAAUUUGUUUACAAUUAAUCGAAUGGGAACCUACUAUGAC